AUGAGCGUGGGCUUCAUCGGCGCCGGCCAGCUGGCCUGUGCGCUGGCGCGCGGCUUCACGGCCGCAGGUGUCUUGUCCGCUCACAAGAUAAUAGCCAGCUCCCCGGAAAUGUAUCUGCCCACGGUGUCUGCGCUCAGGAAGAUGGGCGUGCACCUGACCCACAGCAACAAGGAGACGGUGCGGCACAGCGACGUCCUGUUCCUGGCCGUGAAGCCGCACAUCAUCCCCUUCAUCCUGGAUGAGAUCGGGGCUGACGUCAAGGCCAGGCACAUCGUGGUCUCCUGCGCGGCCGGUGUCACCAUCAGCUCCGUGGAGAAGAAGCUGAUGGCAUUCCAGCCGGCCCCCAAGGUGAUUCGCUGCAUGACGAACACGCCCGUGGUGGUGCGGGAGGGUGCCACGGUGUACGCCACGGGCACCCAUGCCCUGGUGGAGGAUGGACAGCUCCUGGAGCAGCUCAUGAGCAGCGUGGGCUUCUGCACCGAGGUGGAGGAGGACCUGAUCGAUGCCGUCACGGGGCUUAGCGGCAGCGGUCCUGCCUACGCGUUCAUGGCCCUGGAUGCGUUGGCUGAUGGUGGGGUGAAGAUGGGCCUCCCGCGGCGCCUGGCUGUCCGACUGGGGGCCCAGGCCUUGCUGGGAGCUGCCAAGAUGCUGCUGGACUCGGAGCAGCACCCAGGCCAGCUCAAGGACAACGUCUGUUCCCCCGGGGGUGCCACCAUUCACGCCCUGCACUUCCUGGAGAGCGGGGGCUUCCGGUCCCUGCUCAUCAAUGCCGUUGAGGCUUCCUGCAUCCGAACACGAGAGCUGCAGUCCCUGGCUGACCAAGAAAAGAUCUCCCCAGCUGCCCUGAAGAAGACCCUCCUGGACAGAGUGAAGCAGGAAUCGUCCACAGUGCCCACGCUGACCCCCUCUGGCCCAGGGAAGCUCCUCACCAGAAGUCCAGCCCUGGGAGGCAAGAAGGACUAAGAGAGCCUCUACCUGCUCUGUGGUCCAGGGCGCUCAGCUGAGGGGGCCUUGACCUUCCUACCCCUAACACACACACACACACCCAUUCCCUAGCCAUGCACGCCAAGGGCAGCCUCAGGUAGCUUCUGGGUCCUUGUGAUAAAACCUCCUUAAACCUGUUCAGAUCAAUCCAGCCAGAGCAAGCGGCACUCAUUAUCUCUCCUGUCCCGUGUGGGAAGAUGUCCAAAGGGGUGGUGGGUGCUGGAAGCCAGGUGUAACCCUGCCCACCUCCCGUGUUGGCAGAGAGAAGGAGGCUGGACUUCAGCCCUAGCCCCAGCCAGACAGGAAGCUAUGGGGAGGACCUUUAACUAGGGGGACACUGGAACCCAAAAUGGUCAGUUUCAGUGUCAAAUCAAGGAAGUGAGAGAUGAAACCAUGGUAUGGAGUUUUCCCUUUGAAUUCAUAAAGGAAAAAGAAAUAAGCAACUUAGAAUUUCACAGUUAAUCAGAAAUGUACCAGAUUAGACUGUGCUUGCAUGGAGCCCUGGUGGCGCAGUGGUUAAGAGCUCAGCUGCUGCCC